GACAGCAUCUCACGUGUCGUCGAGAUAAACAAGUUUGAUUUAUCAUUCGGGAAUUUUUAAGAUAUAGAUCUCAGAGCUAAGAGUGCGCAAGCAGGUUACAUAAAAAAAUAAGCGCAUCGUCAAUCUUCAGUUUGAAGGUCGAGUCAAGGGAGAAUGAAGCUGUUGACAAGUUUUGUGUUGUUGGCAACUGCCUUGUUUGGGGUGGCUUGGGGGCAGGAGGACCCAAACUGGUACAAAACAGCCACAUAUUACCAAGUAUAUCCGCGCUCUCUGAAAGACACCAAUGGCGACGGAAUUGGCGACCUUAGAGGCAUCACAGAGAGUAUUCCGUUUCUCAAGUCUCUCGGUGUGGACUGCAUCUGGCUGUCGCCGAUUUACAAGUCGCCGAUGAAGGACUUCGGCUACGACAUUGCCGACUUUUACACGAUUGACCCGAUAUUCGGCACUUGGGAGGAUUUUGAGGAGCUCCUGGCGACCAUCAAGGCUGCCGGACUGCGGCUUCUGAUGGACCUUAUUCCUAACCACACGAGUAACGAGCACGAGUGGUUCAUCAAGUCGGAGCAGGGUGUGCAACCCUACGUUGAUUACUAUGUGUGGAAGCCAUCAAAAGGGAUCGACGCGAAUGGAUCACAAAUUCCCCCAAAUAACUGGUUGAGUGCAUUUGCUGGUUCAGCCUGGAAAUGGAGUGAUCAGCGGCAGAUGUUUUAUCUCCACCAAUUCACCGUGGAGCAGCCCGAUUUAAAUUACCGAAACCCACUGGUCCUGGCCGAAAUGCAGAACGUCUUUCGGUUUUGGCUCCAAAUCGGCGUUGACGGAUUCAGAAUCGACGCCCCGGCUCACAUUUGGGAGCAUGAAGACUUUUUGGACGAGCCUCCCUCAAAUGACCCGAACUGCCCUGCUCCCGACCAGUUCUGCGCUUUGAACCACACGUACGUCAAGGACCAGGAGGAGGUGUACGAUAUCCUCUAUGCCUUCAGAACUGUCGUGGACGAAUUUGAAGCAACAAGUGGAGAAAUCAAGGUUCUAAUGAGCGAGGCAUCAGGAGAUUUGGGAUUGACAAUGCGGUACUACGGUAAUGACACGCACAGCAUUAUCCACUUCCCAUUCAACUUCUACCUGAUUUGGGAAAUUAACAACUCAACAAACGCACCCAGCAUCGAAGCUGCUAUUCUGCGCUGGUUGGAGGCAAUGCCAGUCGGUCGAACGGCAAAUUACGUUCUUGGAAAUCACGAUAAUGGUCGUUUGGCCUCAAGAGUUGGACGGGAAUUCGCAAUGACAAACCAAAUGAUUGCUUUCCUCCUACCUGGAGCAAUGAUUUCGUACAUGGGUGAAGAACUAAACAUGGAAAACACAUUCGUGAGCUGGGAACAGACGCAGGAUCCUCAGGGAUGCAAUGCUGGUCCUGAGUUAUACACGCUAUUUUCGAGGGAUCCAGAGCGAACACCUUAUCAGUGGGAUGAUUCGGCAUUUUCUGGUUUUACAAAUGGAUCUUCAACAUGGUUGCCUGUUAACGAGAAUUACGUUAAUGUGAAUGUUGCUGCCGAAGAACUGGCCACUCUUAGUCCGCUUAAAAUAUAUCGCCGACUUGCAGAAACUAGGAAAUUCGAAUCUGUGAAAACGGGCUCAUUUGAUUUACGCGUUGUAAACGAUGACGUGCUCGCUUUCACAAGAAAACUGCCAGGUGAAGUUAGUUUCCUUGUUCUUGCCAAUACAGCGUACAACACGGUGACGGUUGACGUUUCUGCGCUUUUCCCUUCCUUGCCAUCAAGCGUCACUGUUUUCACUGCCUCUGAGAAUUCAGCAAUUCAAGAAGGGGACACCGUGUCAACCUCUGCAAUUAUACUUCCUUCGAGGGGAGGAUUGGUCCUCAGCUUUAUCGCAGUGGAUAGAAUGAUUUGAAUGUGAAUGCUAUAACCAUUAUGUAUGCGAUGCGAAAAUAAAAGAAUCAGAUAUUUCC